AUGAUCUUGGCAAACGCCUUCUGCCUCCUUUUUAGCUUUCUGGACGAGACCCUCCGCUCUUUGGCCAGCCCUUCCUCCCUGCAGGGCCCAGAGCUCCACGGCUGGCGCCCCCCGGUGGACUGUGUCCAGGCCAAUGAGCUGUGUGCGGCCGAAUCCAACUGCAGCUCCCGCUACCGCACGCUGCAGCAGUGCCUGGCAGGCCGCGAUCGCAGCACCAUGCUAGCCAACAAGGAGUGCCAGGCGGCCCUGGAUGUCCUGCAGGAGAGCCCGCUUUAUGACUGCCGCUGCAAGCGGGGCAUGAAGAAGGAGCUGCAGUGUUUGCAGAUCUACUGGAGCAUCCACCUGGGGCUGACCGAGGGGGAGGAGUUUUACGAAGCCUCACCCUACGAGCCGGUGACCUCCCACCUCUCAGACAUCUUCAGGUUUGCUUCAAUCUUCUCAGGGACAGGGGCGGAGCCGGUGGUCAGCGCCAAGAGCAACCAUUGCCUGGAUGCUGCCAAGGCCUGCAACCUGAACGACAACUGCAAGAAGCUGCGCUCCUCUUACAUCUCCAUCUGCAACCACGAGAUCUCACCCACCGAGAGCUGCAACAGCCGCAAGUGCCACAAGGCUCUGCACCAGUUCUUUGACCGUGUGCCCAGCAAGUACACCUACCGCAUGUUCUUCUGCUCUUGCCAAGACCAGGCGUGCGCUGAGCGUCGCCGGCAGACCAUCCUGCCCAGCUGUUCCUAUGAGGACAAGGAGAAGCCCAAUUGCCUGGACCUUCACAGUGUGUGCCGGACGGACCACCUGUGCUGGUGA